AUGGGUCUCCGCGCGGGAGGAGCGCUGGGCAGAGCCGGGGCGGGCCGGGGAGCGCCCGAGGGACCUGGGCCGAGCGGCGGCGCGCAGGGCGGCAGCAUCCACUCUGGCUGCAUCACCGCCGUGCACAACGUGCCGCUGAGCGUGCUCAUCCGGCCUCUGCCGUCUGUGCUGGACCCGGCCAAGGUGCAAAGCCUCGUGGACACGAUCCGGGAGAAUCCAGACAGUGUUCCCCCGAUCGAUGUCCUCUGGAUCAAAGGGGCCCAGGGCGGUGACUACUUCUAUUCCUUUGGGGGCUGCCACCGGUAUGCAGCCUACCAGCAGCUGCAGCGAGAGACCAUCCCCGCCAAGCUUGUACAGUCCACCCUCUCGGACCUAAGGGUGUACCUGGGCGCUUCCACACCAGACUUGCAGUAG